GAUUGGUCUACAGUCUGACGGGUGGGGGCGUUAUACCUUCCUUCAUUGCCAAAUGGGAUUCUAUUUCUAAUAUCUCUGGCUGAUCCGGCUCCCGCUGAGUCCAAGUUCGAUAUUCAUUUGAGUUGAAGUCAACGUGUGUCUGUCAUAAGGUCCGCCUAAGAUAGACUUGACAAUGUCCAUGAUGGUGUACCCGAGGAGGCAAGAGAAGCUGGAGAAGUUGUCCCAGGAGGAGAUCAUCUCCAACACCAAGCUGGUAAUCCAGGGCCUGGAGGCGCUGAAGAAUGAGCACAACUCAUUCCUGCACAGCCUGCUGGAGACCAUCAAGUGCCUGAAGAAAGAUGAGGAGGCCAACCUGGUGCAAGAGAAGUCCAGCCUGCUGCGCAAGUCUGUGGAGAUGAUUGAGCUGGGCCUGGGUGAAGCACAGGUGAUGAUGGCCCUGUCUAACCAUCUGAACGCGGUGGAGUCUGAGAAGCAGAAGUUGCGAACCCAGGUGCGUCGGCUAUGCCAGGAGAACCAGUGGCUCAGGGACGAGCUGGCCAACACCCAGCAGAAACUGCAGAAGUGCGAGCAAAGCGUGGCUCAGCUGGAGGAGGAGAAGAAUCACCUGGAGUUCAUGAACCAGCUCAAGAAGUACGACAAGUACACCGAGGAGAAGGAUGGCGAGCCCCCCAAGGACUCUCUGGAUGAUCUCUUCCCCAACGAUUUUGAGGAGCAAGGCCAAGGCAGGCAGAACAACAGUGCGGCGGUGGCUGCAGCCCAGCAGGGAGGCUAUGAGAUCCCGGCCCGCCUGAGGACCCUCCACAACCUGGUGAUCCAGUAUGCCUCACAGGGCCGCUACGAGGUGGCCGUGCCCCUCUGUAAACAGGCCCUUGAGGACCUGGAGAAGACUUCCGGACACGACCACCCUGACGUGGCCACCAUGCUCAACAUCCUGGCCCUGGUCUACAGGGAUCAGAAGAAAUACAAAGAGGCUGCCCAUCUGCUCAACGACGCGCUGUCCAUCCGGGAGAAGGCUCUCGGCAAAGACCACCGCGCUGUUGCCGCCACCCUCAACAAUCUUGCCGUACUCUAUGGGAAGAGGGGCAAGUACAAGGAGGCCGAGCCAUUGUGCCAGAGAGCCCUGGAGAUAAGAGAAAAGGUAGGCCACAUCCCUGGACCUCUUAUCUUUUACAUUCCUGAUAUUGCUCAGAUCACCUCAAAACACACUUAUCUAGGCCUCAGUUCUGAUAUAAAUUCUCGAAUCAACGCUGAAUGA